GGUAUGCAAGCCUUCCAUCGGCACACACGAAGGGGAUCCCUGGACUCGCUCAAUACCCCCUGCGACGUGCCCCGCUCAGAGCUGCGGGCCAGCUCUCUGGAAGACGACUUGGGUCUCCAAGGCUCAGCCAAGUACUGGCUCGGCAAGGACUACACGAACUUCAUCUUCAAGGACCUCACCGAAGUGGACAACCCUUUUGUCGACAUCGUGGACCGCAACGUGACGCCCCGGAUGCCGUGGCACGACAUCGGAGCAGCCGUCAGUGGCGCCGCCGCGCGGGACAUCGCGCGGCACUUCGUGCAACGCUGGAACUUCACCAAGUUCGAGAAGGCCAAGCAGCACGAGAACUACCCGUGGCUGCUCCCAAAGUCCUACGAGCACGUGGAGCUGGAGUCGACGCUUCCGGAGUCUGCCGUCGGCAUGCUCUUCACCGCAGACUGCCAGAUAUUGCGCAGUGCAAGCAACUGGUCUACGGGCAUCAAGGCGGUCGAGUCCUCCAUCCACUCCGCUUACAUCGACAACAUCGUCAACGCCAAGCACUACAUCUACAUCGAGAACCAGUUCUUCAUCACACUGGAACAAGGCAACCCGACCGUCGAGAACCAAAUCGGCGAGGCACUGUUUCAGAGAAUCCUCAAGGCGCACAGGAACAAGCAGAACUUCCGGGUGUACGUGGUGAUGCCGCUGCUUCCGGCUUUCGAAGGCGAAGUGGGCACAGACACGGGAGUGGCCAUCCAGGCCAUCACACACUGGAACUACGCUUCCAUGUGCCGUGGGGACUCUUCGAUUCUCGAGCGCCUCAAGGCGGCCGAUGUUCUUGACCCGACAAAGUACAUAGACUUCUUUGGACUCAGGAAACACGACGACUUGCACGGAAAGCUGACCCAGGAGCUUGUGUACGUGCACAGCAAGCUGAUGAUCGUAGACGACGAGGUGACCAUCAUCGGCUCGGCGAACAUCAACGACCGCAGCCUUCUGGGAAGGCGCGACAGUGAGCUGGCCGUGGUGGUACACGACACGGACCGCGAGAAGAGCAUCAUGGACGGCCGCACCUACUCGGCGGGACGGUUCGCCGGAGCCCUGCGGCGCACCCUGUUCCGCGAGCACCUGGGCCUCCUGGAAGGCGACGGCAGCUCCAACGGCAUCGACAUCAGGGACCCUGUGGCGUCCUCCUUCUACGACGGCGUCUGGAGGACCACGGCUCGCCGCAACGCGCAGAUCUUCGAGAAGGUAUUCCGCUGUAUUCCAUCGGACAGCGUGCGUACAUUCGUGGGGCUGCGGGAGUUCACUGCCAUCCCUGGUCUCGCCGAGACUGACCCUGAACAGGCCCGCAACGAACUGCGUGAGGUCAAAGGGCACCUGGUUGACAUGCCCAUGGAUUUUCUUGCUGAAGAGAGCCUCACGCCGGCAUCCGGUACCAAGGAGGCCCUCAUGCCUGUUGCUCUCUGGACCUGAAAGAGGCAUUUCGAGGUUCUGAGCAUCGGACACUUGUGCACAGCAAGUUUCAAUGUCCGUACAUUGAAAAAGCUUUCCUUGUCUUCCCACUGCGUGAGGCACGAUUAUUCGGCGUCAGGAGUUUACUGAUAUGCGUAAGCGCUUGUUAGACAAGCUGCGUAACCUUCUGGCGCUUCGCGCGGUAUGUAUUUGCUUACCGUGUGUUGUUAUUGGAUUCAGUGGUGCCGGCUAAUUGCACUGUUCGUCUAGCUGUGGCUGUGAAUCGGUGGGCACUGAGACGCAAGGCCACACGUGAAUGCGCAAAAAGAAUCUUAUGCCUUCACAGCAAGCAGGUCUCGAAGGUCGGGGACAUAACUUUGAACUAAAUGUGCUUCUAAAGUGCUUACGUUCACUUUGCUUUGGCGUAUUGGUGCUGCGAUUGAUUCAAAGGGCAGGAAGGAACUCUAUUUCGCCAACCGUUUGCUGUCUUCCUGCUUUCUCAUGGUGUGGGGAGGGGGUAUCAAGACAUAAAAUUCUAAUUUUGAUACACUUGUGCUGGGCUUCCCAUGUGGAGAGAAUUGAGGCUUGCUCAAUUUCGAGUAUAUCUGCAUUUCAAGCUCAACUAUGUUCAACAACAAUGAAGAAAUACUUUCUAAAGAACAUCUAUCUAUGCACACUCUUGUUACCUAUUUCAGGUGUAUUGAGUGAGACGUUACGAACAAGACAUUUUAACUGGCAUCUUGAUUUCGCGUUCUGAUGCCGUUUUCACAGUGCAGUUGCUGUGAGAAUACAAUCCAAAGAUGUCUAGGCGUUAUACAUAGGCUGCAUUGUUCUAGCAACUUUGGCUCUACCAUGCGAUCAUGUUAAUAUUACCUAGAAGGUGAUCACCUGUGUGGGAAAACUUCAGGAACUAGAAAUAGCAACAUUCUAAUGCCUUAAUUUAGAAAUUUGUUUCAAUAUUGCUUUUCAUCUUCAUAAACAUAUAAUACAGUGGCACAUCAUUGUGCGUGAACUCAGUUUCUAUGAAAAGCACCGACAGCUGUAAGCAGUAAUAGCAAAACAUGUCGGACACAUUGGAGCAUUUUUUUUUUUGUUACGCGCAGAGUGCACUCUCCGAAAAGCGUGUAUGUAAAACAAAUUGAUCGGAUGAGUGAGUGUUUCAGUUCUGCCGAUCUGAGUGAUAGGAAAGCUCACAUCUGUGCAGGUCAGAGGCAGAGGUUCAAGUUAGCUUAGAGGUGGGAAGGAGGGAUGACUGGUGGAGCAGUGGUCAGUUGUUAGCACACGUGUUUUCUGGCCUAAAGCCUGCGGCAUCAGUUACCCGGCCUUCAUUGCGCAGUGGGGAAGUUGUUGUAAGGUUAGCUAUCGGAACAUUGUACUUUUGCGUGUGGAGUGUUGGAACUGCAUAGAAACUGAAAAUGUGACAGGCCAUCGCUGUUUGAGUAUAAAUCUAUAAUAAGUGCUUUAAAGGUGUAAGCUACACUACUGCUUUCAUGUAUUGCUCGACUGUGCUUGCUAUUCCUCAGUUAAAUCAUAUUAAGAGCCUCUGGUAAGAAAGCUGUCAGAAACGAAAUACAUAUGUCGUUUGAUCUUUCUGUUGCUACUUAUAGAACACCAGGUAUAACACUUGUAAAAGCCAGUUUUCAGUGUUCGUUUGCUGAAUCGCACGAAUGAAGCUUGAAAUGAACGUAUGUGCAAACUUUCACUCAGUCUACCUGCUUCCAUAACUUGAGAAAUGCAUGACAAAGCCCACAGAAACGUCCUUUAUGGUAUCUUAAAGUGAGAAAUUAUGUAAGUGCUGUAGAAUGGAAUUUUAGGGGUUGUUUCUGCUGCUCUCUUCAUUCGUGCUGGAUCUGUCAUCUUCCAUUCACUCUAGUAUAGCCACCUUAUUGCUGCUGGAGGGUGAAUGAUCUAUCUCAUUUCCAAAAUCUUCAGGGAUGUAUGUACGCUAUAAAUACGCGCGAUUUCUCGCCCUUCGCUAUGUUUAACGUUUUGUGCGUCAUCUUUCUAUUACUGCACAGUAACACAAUGAGCUUUGUUGAUGGAACCAGCAGCAUGCCAUGACAAAUUAUCCUGCGAACAGUGCUCUUUCUUUCUUCCCUGAAGGAACCUUCGGGAGAAACUUAGCGAUUAAAACAUGAGUGAAAAGGAAACAGUUGGCUUACAGAUCCCCAGGCAGUUUGCCGAAUCUUAUUACAAGGCAGAAUAUCUGAGGCUGUGCUAGACAUACUGGGCGGAAAUUUUCUACACCACAUAACGUUAUAUGUUGCCCAGGCAGGAAGCUCUAUACGAAAACAGUGCGUAGAGACUUUGGUUAGUGGAGCUGACAUCCGAGCAGGAGGGAUACGACCUCCAUCUCAAACCCCGAGUGACAUCACGCCUAAGCUCGCUAGCGACAACUUGCAGUACCUGCUUCGCACUCUGCAGUCUCUUGGACAUCUCUUGGCGUGCGAUGGCCAGAGAUCGUCCAAAAGAGAUCGUCCAGCGGCCAGAGAUCGUCGAAAAAUACAAACACACCCUUACCCACAACUAUGGUGGUAGCACGCCAUUUGGUCUUCCAGGUCCAGGGCCGACUGUCCAUGACGCGGAGAGUAGCCAUCUCUGUCUCAGGUUACGUGUGAUUUCAGAGCCAAAAGAGAAAUCCCUAAGCUCCAAAUUAUUAAGCGAAAACUUAAAGACGAAGUCUUCGGACGCGAUUCUCGUCUGUGCUGAAAUGCAGGCGCAUAGAGGCCUGCUGGACCAGACCCGCAGAGUGGUGGGCACCUGAAGUCCAUGGCAGAAACCCACCCUCUACUCCUAAAACCCUCUACUAACAAGUUUUUCGACUAUUCGAAGCUUCCACAGCAAACACGGAAACAAGAAAGCAGGGAAGUAAAACGUACAUAGGCAUGUUGUUGGCUACGUGCUGCUGGUUUCAUCCAAGUUAUAGCAAACAUUUUUUCUCAGCUCCGAAGCUCAGCCGCUUAAGCUUGGGUAUCGUUGCUUCUGUAUCUUUCUCCGUCACAACCUGUGUGCGCGCUGUUUCUCACUGCGGUAACGCGACAUCCAUCCGAUUAAUUUAUCACCUCGUUUGUCAGUUUGGGUGUUGAAUGGUAUUUCUACUUAGGGCACGGACGCGAAGUCAUGUUAAGGGCCCUAGUUGUUCAGCUUUCGAUUUUCACUGCGUUUCGACACGUAUAUGACGUGCCCUUCCUCUGGACGGCUGCCGGAAGGGCAGCAAGUGCCUUUGUUGGGAUGGAAGCAUUGUUGCAGCAUUGCAGUAAAGUGCACGAAGAAACUUCAUUGCUGAGGUCUGCAGUGGUGAAGAAAACAGGCUGUGCUGUUACUUUGAGGCUUUUCAUCAUAUUCUGCAAGCAUGUUUUGAAUGUCAGCAAAGAACUUCCGGUGAAUUGAGGCCGACUGUUGUCACACCAUCUGUACUUUGACAUGGUUUUGUGCCUAAUUGUUAAUAGGGGCUUUGCUAUAUACUGUUUUGUUUUUGUUAAUCUCACUGCUACAAUGCUUAGAAAUGAUAACUAUGUGUAAUGUGUUACCUAGGCUUACGGAAACUAUGCGGCUCCCGGUGAGCCUGUACUCAGGAAUCGCAGCAACUGUGGGAUUGCUGCCAGCCGUGUGCAUUAUGUUUCCCGUCUCUCCGCGGUUGGAUUGUGCUAACGAGGAAAGCGCUACUGCUUAAUGUUUGCGCCAGUGAGACUAUAGCUAUGUGUGAUAGUAAACAGCUAAGCUGAUUUCAUAUUGCACAGCGAACAUUUUGCUAGUCACCUUGAGACGCAUGCUACUGCAGUGGUGAAAUUAGCAUAAACGUGCUUUCGGUAUACGCACAACAACUUUGCAAGUAAGCCUGUUAAUAAAGUUUUUACCGGAGCAGUGAUGCAACGUUAUAGUUAAAAGUUUUCGUAGCUGUGAGCCUGUGUCCCUUUGUUAUUGUGGGGGAUUGUGUACUGAAUACUUUAUUUGGCUGUAUGUCUGUGUGCACUUUCUUCUCCUGGGGCCUGAGCUCCUGGGGCUUGACAUUGUCAAGAAGUUGGUGCGUGUUUUAAGUGUCCCCACAUGACAUUUACGGCGGUGUGAAAUAUGGAAUUUUAAUCCGAACGUUUCACUGAACAUCGUUUCUUUGCGUCUUCAAUUCUUCACCCGAUUUGCUUAUGACUCAGAGGUGUCGAGCCUUUUUAUUGACAUAUAGUGCUGAUGUAAAGUCCAGCUAGAAGUGAGCAUUUACACCAGAACAAUGGGCACGCAUAAGGGGUGAGCACAACCAUGGUUAUCUAGUCUUGAGAGAGAUGUCAACUUUUGAUAUCGGUCUCUUUUUUCUAAUAAAACUUCCUCCCUGAUUAAGGAAGUUGUCAGCAAUGUGUCAUGAAAGAUUGAUGCAGGCAUACCCGUUUGGUUAUUUGCGUGUUGUUUGAAUUGCUUUCUGUAAUUCAGUAUGCCAAUUUUCUAAGCUAAAUUGUAUUAGCAUUUUUCCAUGACACAAACAUAACUUUUUUUCGUUUUUAAUUAUUCGCCACAAAAAUAUGACUAUUAUUCAUAUUAUCAUCAUUCCCGGUGUUUCCUUGUCCUUGAGGCAUAGUCCUUUUCGGUGCUUUUAUCUGGUCAUACAUUUCUUAUGUGCAGCGCCGGAUAUUAUUUUUCUGCACUACUAUAUGGAUGCUCACAUCGGCUUAUGGAUGAGCUGGAGAGUUAGAAAAAUUAUAGCCUAUAUCUAGCCGUGGUUUAUAAAGCACUGCACUUGUUCUGGUUGUGCUUAGAAACGUCAUACAUCUUCGGCAAAACUUCGUGCAUAAAAGUACAUUCAUUGGCGUGCCUCAGCGUCAUUUUUUGACCUGUACUAUAUGUUGCAUUAUUUCUGUAUCUGGUAUCCAUCACGUGAUGCUAUUAAUGUCUGGGUGGGUCGUGACAUGUUGUGAAACAUUUAAGUAACCUGUGUUGUUCUAAGCAAGGAGAUGUCUCUCGCAUGUCAUAUUUGUUCUAUUGUGUUGUGUUGUAUGCUUUGGAGGUUUAUAAACACUACACGUGGUCUACCAUCUCACUCUGACUAGAAUCUUCUACAACAUAAAACACUGCAUUCUUAAUUGAUGAGUCAUGAUCGCUCUACAUUUAACAUAAAGUGGAGUAGCAUUGCUAAGGGGCUCGUUUAAAAUUCCACGUCUCCUGAACUUGUGCCUGCCAUGUCUACGUAUUGGAUGUAGCUGGCAUUUAGUCAAACCGUCUGGAAUUACCAUCCUGGUCUACUAUUUUUUAUCGUGCUUUCAAGAUCAUACCAGAACUGCUCCAUCUCUAUACUUGUAUGUUGUCAUGUCGCCAUCUUUUCUGCCUUUCAGGCUCAUGUUGAUGAAAACCUCCUCGCAUGCCGCUAUGAAACUGUUUCUUUUCAACAACUAGAUGUAUUCCUGACUAACUUUUUGAUGUCAUCUUUCAUAAGUCGGUGUAUUCUUAUUUGUAAUAACGUAUGUAAAAAAAAAUUAAGGUGUCCACUAUGUGUGAAUUGUGGGGAUCUGUUUGCCUUUUGUGGGCUUUCUUUCCACUAUGAUAUCAUCCUUGGUGCAAGCACCAUGUCUUGACACUGCCCUCAGACCAUGUGCAUCGAUCGCGCUGCUCUUGCAGGUGCUUUGGUACGUUUCUCCGUGCUUUCACCUGUUUGUCAAAAAGCUGAAAUAAAAAAAGUUCGAAAUCGAA